CGGAAAAAUUUCAGCUCGGGAACCGCGCCGAUCGCCGUCGCCGCAAAGCCGAAUCCGCCGCCCCACCUGUCCCCUCGCCUUCCGUCCUCCGUCGAAAUCGCGCCUUUCCGCUCGGGGCUCCGGCGCCGGGGGAAUCUCGCCGCGGAUUCGGGCCGGUUCCGAUGAAGAGCAGGAGCGAGUUCGUGCCUAAUGCGGCCGUCGUGAAGUACGUUUUGAUCGGGGCGAUUGCGGCCCUGGGGCUGGUGUGCCUGUACUACGGGUCGUCGGUCGCUCCGGGUCUCUCGAGAUCCGAUGAGGACGGCCUCGGGUCCGAUGGGGCCGACCCCGUCCUCGGCGGGUUCGUGCCCCGUCGUGACUUGGAUGAUCUGUUCGCCGACCGGGAGCGCAAUCCCGAUGUUCCCAGGAGCAUUCCGGUAUGUGAUAUGAAAUUCUCGGAAUUGAUACCUUGUUUGGAUAGAAACCUUAUUUACCAAAUGAAAUUGAAGCCCAACUUGACCUUGAUGGAGCACUACGAACGGCAUUGUCCACCACCUGAGCGCCGUUACAACUGCUUGAUCCCUCCCCCAGUUGGCUAUAAGGUACCUAUCAGGUGGCCAGCAAGCAGGGAUGAAGUGUGGAGAGCAAACAUACCUCACACACAUCUUGCACAGGAGAAAUCCGAUCAGCAUUGGAUGGUCGUGAAUGGUGACAAGAUUAAUUUCCCGGGUGGUGGAACCCAUUUUCAUUAUGGGGCCGACAAGUACAUCAUGGCAGUGGCUAAGAUGCUAAAGUUUCCCGGGGAUAAGCUUCACAAUGGGGGCAGUAUCAGGAAUGUCCUUGACGUGGGGUGUGGAGUCGCAAGUUUUGGGGCUUACCUUCUUCCUCUCGAUAUUAUAGCCAUGUCCCUUGCACCUAAUGAUGUGCAUGAGAACCAAAUACAAUUCGCAUUAGAGAGGGGGAUUCCUUCUACUCUUGGUGUAUUGGGGACCAAAAGACUUCCUUAUCCAAGUAGAUCUUUUGAACUGGCUCAUUGUUCACGAUGUAGAAUAGAUUGGCUCCAAAGAGAUGGCAUUCUAUUAUUAGAACUUGACAGAUUACUAAGACCGGGAGGAUAUUUUGUGUACUCCUCUCCUGAAGCCUAUGCGCAGGAUCCAGAGAACCGAAAGAUUUGGAACUCCAUGUAUGAUCUUCUUAGAAGAAUGUGCUGGAGAGUUGUAGCUAAGAAAGACCAAACUGUUAUAUGGGCAAAACCGAUGAGUAAUAGUUGUUAUUUGAAGAGAGAUCAAGGAACAAAACCCCCUUUAUGCAGCUCUGGUGAUGAUCCAGAUGCAAGUUGGAAUGUGCUCAUGAAGGCAUGCAUCUCCCCUUACUCAGCAAGGAUGCACCGGGAAAGAUGGAGUGGACUGGUUCUGUGGCCUCGGAGGCUUACUGCACCACCUCCUCGCCUGGAAGAAAUUGGUGUCAUUCCUGCAGAGUUUCAAGAGGAUACUGGUGUAUGGCGUUCUAGAGUUGAUGAGUACUGGAAGCAGAUGAGAGCUAUCUUACAUAAGAAUUCAAUCAGAAAUGUCAUGGACAUGAACUCUAACCUUGGCGGGUUUGCAGCUGCCCUAAAUGACAAAGAUGUUUGGGUUAUGAAUGUAGCUCCCAUUCAUGCCUCUGCCAAAUUGAAGAUUAUCUAUGAUCGAGGCUUAAUUGGAACUGUUCAUGAUUGGUGCGAAGCAUUUUCAACAUAUCCCCGGACAUAUGAUCUUCUUCAUGCCUGGGAAAUUUUUUCGGAGAUUGACAAUCGUAAUUGUGGAGUAGAGGAUCUAUUGAUUGAAAUGGACCGGAUUUUAAGGCCAGAGGGCUUUGUAAUCAUAAGAGAUAAACCUUCUGUAAUAAAUUACAUCAGGAAAUAUCUUCUUGCAUUGAGGUGGGAUGGCUGGUCAUCAGAAGUUGAACCUAGGGUGGAUUCUCUUUCCUCUUCCGAAGAAAGAGUUCUUAUCGUGAGAAAGAAGUUAUGGACUGAAGGGGUCAACACAAUCUGAUGAUGCAUUAUCAGAUGUGCGGAACGGUCAUGAAUGGCUCUGCUAGGAGAAACUAGCAUUCAGUCACGCCCGUUGGUAGCAAGAAUUGCUUGUCCUUUCGAGAUGGUGACUGACUUCUACAUGAGACUUGCUGUGUAAGGCAUUGUGGAGAUAUGGCUGUGAAGCGGCGGCUACAUACUGACUGUUUGAGAGAAGUAGGCUUACAUGAUCAACUAGGGCUGGUUGUUCGGACGUAAUUCUUCGUCAAUAUACUUUUUUUAAUUUUCACUUUUACCUUAACUUUUUGAUCGUAAAGGUUUUAUGGGUGUUUCUGUCGGUCGUACCAACAAAGCGAAGCAAUGGCCUAAUCACUCCCUCGUCUAAGUCGCGGUUGUAUUUAAAAGUUACUAGCUGAGUUCUUGUAAGUUCUUGUACAUGUCAAAUCGGGUCAUUUACAUAAACAAGAACUCUCAUAAUUAAAAUGUCUUCGGGAGGCGAUAAGUUGAUUAUUUCUU